AUGAGAUUACCCUAUAGUUUUGUGGCUUUACUUUUAGCCUCUGCUCUUGCACUUGGGAGGGCUGAUGAGGUUCAUAAGGCCGAGGACAGAGUUGUUUUCAAGCCAUCUACUGUCCGAGGUCAUUUCGUAGAACAGUUUACUCCCGACUGGGUCGAGCGCUGGUCAACAAGCAAAGCGACAAAAGAGGAGAGCGGUGAAGAGUUAAAAUAUGUCGGCGUAUGGUCCGUCGAAGAACCAACAGUCUAUCCAGGAAUAGUGAAUGAUUCAGGAUUGGUUGCGAAGACUGCUGCAGCACUCCAUGCCAUAUCCGCGCAAUUUACUGAACCGCUGGAUAACACGGGCAAGACUCUUGUUGUACAAUACGAGGUUAAGCCACAACAAGGACUUGAAUGUGCUGGCGCAUAUCUCAAGUUAUUGACAAAAACUGAUACGAAAUUACAUGCUGAGGAAUUUAAUGCUGCAACACCUUACACAAUCAUGUUUGGCCCCGACCGUUGUGGUGGCACCAAUAAAGUCCAUUUUAUCUUCCGACACAAGCAUCCAAAAACUGGAGAAUAUGAAGAGAAGCAUUUGGCAUCUUCUCCAUCAGCCAAUGUGGAAAAGACUAGCUCGCUAUACACUUUAGUUGUGAAGCCCGACAAUUCGUUCGAGAUUCGCAUUAAUAACAAGGUGGAAAAGGCCGGAAAUUUGUUAGAGUCAUUCUCUCCCCCGGUUAAUCCGCCAAAGGAUAUUGAUGAUCCAGAUGAUAAGAAACCUGAUGACUGGGUUGACAACCCCAAAAUGCCAGACCCCGAUGCGACGAAACCUGACGAUUGGGACGAAUCAGCACCAUUUGAAAUUGUCGACGAGGAUGCCGUAAAACCCGAUGAUUGGCUCGAUGAACCACAGACUAUUCCAGAUCCGGAGGCUGAGAAACCCGAAUACUGGGAUGACGAAGAGGACGGAGCCUGGCUUCCGCCACAAAUUAAUAACCCGAAAUGUGAAAAUGUAUCGGGCUGUGGUCCGUGGCAGCGUCCGAUGAAGCGCAAUCCCAAUUAUAAGGGCAAGUGGUAUCCUCCGCAAAUUGACAACCCGGAUUAUAAGGGGCCAUGGUCACCAAGGAGAAUUCCUAACCCGGAUUAUGUCGAAGAUCAAACUCCAGCUAAUUUUGAAAAAAUGGCACAAGAUGCUAAAAAAUUCGCCGAUGAGACAUGGGCCGUAAAAUACAAGAUCGAGAAGGCUACAGAAGAUAAUGAAGAAGCAAAAUUAACUCCGAGCACCACUCCCUCAUUUUCGGACGACCCGGUUCAAUACGUGCAGCACAAAGUCAACGAAUUCCUCGCGGUCUUUUGGGACGAUCCUGUUAAGGGGAUUACGGAAUUCCCUGUAAUCGCUGGUGGUCUUGCCGGAGGAUUUAUAGUUUUCUUUGUUCUCCUUGGACUACUUUUCAGCUUACUUACUCCAGCUAAGAAGGCCUAUCCUCACAAGAAGACCGACGAGCCUACGCCAGACGACAAGGAUUCUGGACCAAGUGCCGUAAAGGAAGGAUCGAGCUCUGCUGAGAACGAAGAAGAAGAGACCAAACCAAAGAAGACGACUAAGAAGCGUUCUUCCAAAAAGACGCGAAAAGAUAACUAA